GGCGGGGUGGAGAGCGCCGGAGCAUCCCUGGAGCAUCCCUUGGAUGUCCCAGCGCUGGGAAUGCGCUGCCUGUGACAUCCCUCGCCGGGACCCUGCUGCGCCCCCAAGGAGAUCGUAACAACCCCCCGGGGAUGGGCUCAGCUCCACCAGGGUGAGCCCAAAUCCUGCCAGAACUUUGAGGCGCCCCUUCCCCCGAGGCUGCUGCUCGAGGGGAUGCUGGGAUUUCCCAAGGACUGACUCAGACUGGGAGGGAAACUCGGGUGCUCUAUGUAGGUCAGCCCCUCGCUGCUGCUGCUGCUGCAGCUCCGGCCACGGCGGCUGCAGGAGGCUCCCAUGGAGGUGCCACACGUCCUGAGCACUGCCGAGGUCAGGUAAUAGAGAGGCACUCGAAGUUUGACUCACCCGUGAUGAAUACUUGAUCAGCCCUGAAAGCAAACCAGGUCACCUCACCCCGCACGAGAAGCACCGAAGCACUCGCUGCUGCUGCUGCUGCUGCUGCUGCUGGUGGUGGUGGCCUGGUUUGGGUUGAAAAUCAGCAUUUUGAAGCUUUUACUGAGGACUCUGGCCCCCCUCCAGGGAAAAUUGCCAUUCCUGCCAGCAGGAUUUGCUCCGUGGCUUUUUAGCCCUCAGACUAUGCCGCAGUCCAGCCCAUGGCGGGGCCCGGCCAGGCUUUGGUGCUGCCCGUCCUGCUCUGCUGCCUGUGCCCAGGUGCUGCGAGCAUCGAGUGCAAGGGGCGCGUCUGGAUCGAGCCCGCGCCGGUGGUGCGGAUGGGCUCCGACAUCUCCAUCGGCUGCCAGUCCUGGCUGGGCUGCCCCUCGGCGCAGCUCCUCAUCCUCCUCAACUACAGCCUCGCCGAGGGGACCCCGCUGGCCCUGCCCGGCGGCGCCGUGCGGCUCCGGCUGCGCCGUUUCCAGAUGCCCUUCGCCACCGUCACCUGCUUCUCCCGCUGCGCCCGGAGGGACCGCCUGGUGUGCGGCGCGGAGCUCCGGGCGGGCUACCCUCCGGACCCCCCCGGCAACCUGAGCUGCGCCAUCGCCGAGGGCUCGGAGCGCCUGGAGUGCGGCUGGGAUGGGGGACGGCUCACACACCUGCCCACCCGGAACAGCCUCCACCUGCGCAGGGUGCUGGCACAGGAUGAGGAGGAUGAGGAAGAAAAGGUCUUCCCUGCAGACUCACCUGUGCUGCUGAGAGAGCUGCACAAUGACAGCCACUACUCGGCGUGGGUGCAGGCCAGCAACGUGCUGGGCACUGCCCGCUCGGCCCCUCGGCACCUCAGCCUGCAGGAGCUCGUGGUCCCCGCUCUGCCCGAGGUCAUCGGCGCCGAGACGACGGAGACGUCGCCUGCCAGCACCACCACGCGCUGGAGGAGCCGGAGCCAGCUGAGGAACGUGCACUGCGAGGAGAGGCACAGAGCCACGGGCACCCCGACGUGGCACGUGGAGCCGUGCGACACGGUGGCACUGGAGGGUCCCAGCUGGCGGCACGAGCUGCAGAGCGACACCGAGUUCGUGUUCCAGGCCAGGUGCCGGCUCGGCACCGCCCACAGCCCCUGGAGCGCCUGGAGCCCCCCCUUCCUGUACCGCACCCCCGAGGCAGCCCCCGCCGCCGCUCCCGCCGUGUGGCGGCGCCUGGGCCCGGCCCUGCCCAACGGCAGCCACGAGGUGACGGUCUUGAUCAAGCCGCUGGCAGCCCGGGAUGCCCGCGGGAGGAUCCUGGGCUACGCCGUGAGCGCCGAGAGCCCCGCGGGAGCGCGGCUGCUGUGCCGCACCGCCGGCACCGAGUGCACGGUGCUGGUGCCGCCGGGAGCCCGCCGCCUCCUCGUCACCGCCCGCAAUUCCAAAGGGGCUUCCAGCCCUGCCAGCAUCCCCCUAAGCCGGGCUGCGGCUCAGGAAGAAUUCCCAGCCCCAGAGGCCGUGGAGGUGAAGGCUGAGCAGCAGAGCAGGUUCCUGGUCCAGUGGCGGCCCCCGCGGCAGAGCCGGAGCCCCCUGCUCUGGUUCAUCCUGGAGUGGGGCUCCAGCUCCCAGCACGGCCAGCAGGAGCAGUACAGCUGGGAGAGAGUGCCACACCAGGAAACACACACCUACAUCCAAGGGCCGGCGGCGGGGGCCGCCCCGCGCGUGCGGCUGUUCGCGGUGUACCCCGGCGGGAUCAGCGCGCCCGGCUCCAGCCCAGCCCCGGCAGAGGAGCCGCUCCUGGGCAGCGCCUACAGCGAGAUGCCUCAGGAUGGUGACAUCAGAGUUUUCCUGGGACUGAGCCUCAGCGUGGUCGGAUUAUCGGUUCUUUUUGCAAUUGUGAUGUUUAAAAAAUCAGUCAGGAAAAGGAUCAAGGCCACCCUUGUGUCCCUCUUGCCAAAGUGGCUGUUUGAAGACUUUCCCCACAUGGAGAACAGCAGCGUGGUGAAGUCACUCCAGGACAAGGCUGAUUUCCCCGGUGACAGCCUCCAGGAGCCGUUCCUGGCCCCCGCUGACCCCGCGGUCACGCAGGUCGAGGAGGUGCCGGCGCAGGAGCGGCACCAGAGCCUGGACACCAAGGCCAGGGCAGAGGUGCCCGAGCCCAGGGAGCUCCCGAGGACCCCCAGCACCCCGGCCCCAGGGCAGCUGGGUGCCUACAAACCCCAGCUCUCCGACAGGAACGCUUUGGGAUACGUCGCUGCUGGAAUCUACCGGGCGCAGCCGCCCGCGGCGGUCCCGCAGCCGGAGGUGGGAAUCUUCUCCCGGGACUACACCAGCCCCGUCCCCCAGCUGUGGGACCAGCAGGGAGGGACGCCCCAGGUGUGCCUGCUGGAGAAGAUCAACCUCGUGCUCAACAGCAGCCUGGAAUUCCCAGGGCAGGCGGGACACGGCUCCGUCCCGGAGCAGCGCUGGGAGCCGCCCGGAGAUGGCCCCCAGCAGAUGCUGGUCCCCGAGGAGCUGCUGUCCUGCCUGAGAGCCACCAACAGGGAGUCUGUGGAUGCAAAUCCCCACAGAGCAUGGGAGGGCUGUCCUGAGAGGAGCUGGAAUUGGGGAUAAAGCCCUGGAGCAGCGACCGAGGCGGCGCCAGCACCGGCAUUGCCAAUGGAAGAGCCAGAGCAAAACUCCCCAUUGGAAUUUUGCCCUCUUACUCCACUGCAGGUUCUUGUGGCUGCCUGGGAAUCCCAAUUUUAACCUUACCUCACACUGGCAGAAGCAAAAAAGCCCAUAAAGCUUGGAUUCCUGGAAUGCCAAGCAGGAGAUUCCUGCGGGGUGCAAUAACUUCAGUUACUGCUCAGCAUCGUCCUCUUGUUAAAGGUUUGGAGCACUUCAUUCCCAAAGGUUUGGAGCACUUCAUUCCCAAAGGUUUGGAGAACUUCAUUCCCAAAGGUUUGGAGCACUUCAUUCCCAAUGUUUGGAGCAUUUCAUUCCCAAAGGUUUGGAGCACUUCAUUCCCAAAGGUUUGGAGAACUUCAUUCCCAAAUGUUUGAAGCAUUUCAUUCCCAAAGGUUUGAAGCAUUUCAUUCCCAAUGUUUGGAGCACUUCAUUCCCAAAGGUUUGGAGCAUCUCAUUCCCAAAUGUUUGAAGCAUUUCAUUCCCAAAUGUUUGGAGCACUUCAUUUCUGGAGCUACUUGCAGUUCAAAUGGAUAAAAAAAUCCCUCAGACAUCCUGGCAGAGAAGUGGAAAAUAUUUUGGGAUUGCUCCUGAUGAACAGACCAAGGAGGAUUUAUGAGUCACACGGGUACCAAGAACAUGGAAUCUUUUCUGUAUUUCAUUUUCCUCCCAUUCCCAAUAAAAACCCACUCGGGUAAGAACAAACCUCCACCUCCUGCCAGGCUGAUUUAAAAUCCCUCUGAACUGGGUGAGGGAUUUAUCAUCUCACAGCAUUUUGUCACACUCAGCCUCGCUGUGGGAAGGGCAGUGUGGCACAGGAAAAUGGGAUUUAUCAGGCACAUGGGCAUGGAUUUGGAUCUUUGGGCACCCAGAAGGUGAAACACAGCAGCCCUGAAACCAUUUCCAGGUGUUCUGAGACUUACAAAAUAUUCCCAAAUGUUAUUUUUUUUUUAUUUUUCCUCGGCAAUGUGAGCAUUUCUCCAUUGGCUGUUGCACAAAUGGAUUAAUUUUGUGGUUUGUCCUCAAUACUUCCAAACCUCCCCCGUGUGUGCCGUGCUUGCUCCUUCCGUGCCCCCAGGAACCUGUCGCUGUUCCCAGAGGAGCAGUGGCCUGGCAAGGAGGGGAGGAUUCUUCUUCAGAGGCAGCAAAAAACACAGAAAUGUGAGUGUGGCACGGCAGGGAGCCUAAAAUGAAAUUAGAGAGUGCUGCCUGAGCAGGAAGGAAGUUGUACAAGAGCACCACACGACCUCGAGCAGCCCGAGCAUGAGGCAGGGAAGGUUUUUUUUCUUUUAUUUCAGCGUCCACAUCCUGAGACUUUGUGCUGCUCUUUCACCUUUGAGCUGCCAAACCUCCAGGUGGGAGAUGCUCCUCUGGCCAGCAAACAGGGAGCUGCUGGGUGGAUUUCCAGCCCCGGGAGGGAUCCCUGCUGGCAGAGCAGUGGGCAGAGGGGGCACAGCUCCAGCUCUGCCAGCAGCGGGGCAGGGAGGGAGAAUUCCCAGCUCCCACCGUGGAUGGACAGCAGAGAGCCACCAGCGCCACGCUCCCACUGAUUCCUGGGGAAAAGGGAGUAUCUCUGCUAGUGAAGGGAAUAUUUCUGCUAAAGGGAAUAUCUCACAGGUGCCCAGAGCAGCUGUGGCUGCCCCUGGAUCCCUGGAAGUGUCCCAGGCCAGGCUGGACAGGGCUGGGAACAGCCUGGGACAGUGGGAGGUGUCCCUGCCACGGCAGGGGUGGGAUUGGAUGGGAUUUAAGGUCAAACCCGAACCAUUCUGGGAUUCUGUGAUCCCAAACACCAUCCCAGGCUGCUCCAAGCCCCAUCCAGCCUGGCCUGGGACACUUCCAGUGAUGGGGCAUCCCAUGAAUCCGAUCACAAAGUCACUCCCAGCUGAUUUAUUUUAACUUCUCAGGGAUCCCUCCUUCCCUCAAAUAUUACAAACACCCUAAUUUUCAACACCAGGAUUUUCUAUCCCCUGUUUUAAGCUUGGUUUUACCGUUGGCAGUUGGAUCCAGUGCCAGAGAUCCUCACUCCUUGUUUAUCAGCUCAGGAAUGAAUUCCAUGAUCUUCACCCCCCACCAUGAUGAGAUGCACCACGGUGCUGUCUCAUCACUACCAAAGUUCUCACCAAAAAAAGGUGUUUUUUUUUUUUAUAUAUAUAAGGGGAAGGAGGGAACAAGUUAAAAGAAACAAGAAGUUGGGUGCAGGCAGUUCAGGGGGGCUGGAGAACAGAAGGUGCCACCCACCCCUGCUCUGAGCUCCAGCCCAUCAGAGCAGGGGGUUGAAGGAGCAAGGAGCUCCCACCACCACCAGAGACCAGCCAGAGACUCCCCUGUGGGACUUGUUUACCUCUGCAAAGUCAGCCCGGGGAUUUAACCUGAAUUUAACAGGGAUUUAACCUGAAACGAGACCAAAGAAACAAUAAAUAAAUGUA